AAUGCAGUUUAAAACGUUUUCAUCAUUCUUGGCUAUUGCCGGCUGCCUCGUGGCCCUGGUACCGAGGGUCACCAGCUCGGGUGCCAAAGGUGUGUUGACAGGAAUCCUCAACGCCGCUGCGCAGCCAACUGGGAUUUUAAGCGCUGUUGGUGGUGUGAUGAACAUCGCCGCACAGGGUAAUGCGAUAUCGCACGCCUUCAAGAGGGUUUUCACUGAUGUCGACAGUGGUACUAACGAGGUAAAUUACGACGGAGGUAACCUUGGGGCUUAUUACAAUUUCAUGUACCCCGAUAACGACGACUAUCCCUGGGCUUGUGUAUGCAACGAGUACGACAUCAAGCUCUAUCGCGAGAAGCAGCAGCCGUAUGCACGCUGCCGUAACCAAGAGGACCUAUCUUUAUUUAGUUUUCAGGCCAAUUGCGACCCUAAGAACUCUGCCAACGAGUUCAUCAAGAUAUAA